UGGGGAAAAAACGCGAAGAAUGUAUGGAGAGUUAUGUACAGCGUAAGAACGCGGCCGAGCUGGAACGUUGAUUUUAGUGUGAAACGUUAAUAAAAGUGGGAAAUCUAUAACCGAUACUAUUACGGUCAACACGAUUUCGUGGUAAUGCGUGAGUUACAUCAACUUUCUUGAGCAGGGGGCGCGAUUUAUCCGUACACAACACUAUUCUUCGGUAAGAUAACCUCCCUCCGCUGCGCUGGAAAAGCUUUGAGAAUAUUGACGAAAGAAUGGCGGUCGGAUCGACGAAAGUGGUGCAGGUGACGAAUAUCGCACCUCAGGCGACCAAAGAUCAAAUGCAAACGCUGUUCGGGUACCUCGGAAAAAUAGAGGAUAUUAGACUUUAUCCUACUAUAAGGGACGUCGCGGUACCGGUCCAGUCGCGUAUUUGUUAUAUAAAGUUCCAUGACCAAGGAUGCGUCGCCGUUGCUCAACAUAUGACAAACACUGUUUUCAUUGACCGUGCAUUGAUCGUGAUUCCUUAUCAGCAUGGAGACAUUCCAGAUGAACAACGAGCUCUCGAGCUGACCAAUAAUGGCACUGUUGUCCCAGGUCUCUACCCUUCUGAACCCAAGUUACCACCCAAUUUUGUGAAUGCAAUCGAAGGGAUUCCUCCGAAUCAUGUAAUCACUACCAUAGAUCCGAAACUCGAAGCAAAUGGUCUGCCACCUUAUCCUCACUUACCUGGUCACUUGGAUAGCAGACGAAUUGAGGAAAUUCGAAGAACAUUAGUCAUCGCUAACUUGGAUGCUUCUGUGACCUCAGACAAUCUGUUAGACUUCUUCAGUAACAACAAUGUAGAAGUGAAGUAUCUGCGUAUGUGCACUAGGGAUUCAGACACCGAACACUACGCUUUAGUGGAAUUAUCCGAACAGACAGCAGUUGUGUCUGCUUUGCUUUUGAAUGGAAAAAUGGUGUUGGAUAGACCGAUUAAAAUUUACCAUUCGACGCAAGCUAUAGCCAAACCAGAGGCGAAGAGCAAUGAAGCGGCGCAAAAGGAGAUAGAGGAGGCUAUGUCGCGAGUAAAAGAAGCUCACAAUUUAAUUUCAGCCGCGAUAGACCCCAUGAUCGGUAUGUUGUCCAAGGAUAAACGCAGUCGCAGUGGUUCUCGUAGCCGAAAAUCUCGGUCAAGAUCAAGAGGACGCAGCAGACGGUCCAGAUCACGUAAACGGUCUCAUUCGCGUCACAGACGUUCCCGUUCGCGUCAUCGACGCAGAUCACGAUCUCGUUCGAAACGUUCUCGAUCCAAAGAACGCCGACGAAAGUCUCCGUCGCGUCGAAGGAGCAAUUCCCGUGGUCGACAUCGUUCUCAUUCUCGAUCCCGGCGAUCACGUUCUCGUAAAUCACGCUCUAGGUCGAAGGACAGGAAGAAGAGAUCCCCGCGUCGAAGAAGUCGAUCGCGAUCGGAUAGCAAACGCUCGAAAUCCAAGUCCAGACGGUCUAGAUCCAAGUCUAAAUCCAGGUCCUCCAAAUCGAAAUACUCCGAGAAGUCCAGAGACAAAGAUAAAGAUAAAGAUAGGAGAAGCAAAGAUAAAUCGGACAAUGGGAAAAAGAGCGAUGGAGAUAAAGCUGAUAAGGAGAGGAGCGAAAAGAAAUCAAGCAAAGAAAAGAAAUCGGAAAAGGAAUCAAAAUCCGACGAAAAGAGCAAAAACACGUCCGAGAAUAGCGAAAGUAAAGAGAAAACAGAGUCUGAAAAUUAAGCCCUGGCGAACCACGGUCUAUAAAAGGUUUUCUUUAUUAAUUUAAUGUUGCGACGUAUUGCAAUGUAUUGGUCAAUAAAAACCACAGGAAUAUGAAACUUUCAAUUUUUUAAAUGUAUGUACAUACAUAAAAAGGCAAUUGUAUCUUUAUGGCUAUAAUGACGUAAAUAAUACAAACUUUUUUC